GGAAAUCGCGACGCAGCCCGAAUUGACAUGAAAAUCAAGAUUAACCAAGAAAAAGAGGAAAAACAACAAGAAGAAAAAAGUGCCGGGCGGACAGCAGACGGUCCUUCCCCGAGUCGCACUCGCCAAUUUGUUCCACGAUGAUCAGUAUCCCAAGGGUGAAAUAGUCGAAUAUUUUGUCGUCAACGAUGAGAACCUCAAGCGGACUACCUCUGCGGAGCUUCGUCACCAAGAAGCUAUCAGAAACAUGGAUGAUGACUUUCUGAAGGACUAUCGCAAAGCUGCAGAGGUCCAUCGUCAAGUUCGACAAUACGUCCAGACGAUCGCUAAGCCUGGCAUCACGAUGACCAAGCUCGCCGAUGAGAUCGAAGAAGGUGUCAGAGGAUUGACAGGGCAUCAAGGGCUUGAAAGCGGAGACGCUCUCAAGGCUGGCAUGGGCUUCCCGACUGGAUUGUGCCUCAACAAUGUCGCUGCACACUGGACUCCCAACCCGGGAGGCAAGGAAGUCGUGCUUCAGUAUGAUGAUGUACUGAAAGUGGACUUUGGAGUUCAUGUCAAUGGCAGGAUCGUCGACAGCGCAUUUACUGUGGCUGCCAAUCCUGUCUAUGAUAACCUACUAGUGGCCGUCAAGGAAGCUACCAACACCGGUCUCAAGGAAGCUGGCAUUGAUGCUAGAAUUGACCAGAUCAGUGAACGUAUCCAAGAAGUCAUGGAGAGCUACGAGGUUGAGAUCAACGGGAAGGUCAUGCCUGUCAAGGCCGUUGAAAACAUCACCGGUCACAACAUCCUACGCUACAAGAUUCAUGGCGAUAAACAGGUGCCUUUCGUUAAAACCAAGACCGACCAGCGCAUGGAGGAAGGUGACAUCUUUGCCAUCGAGACCUUUGGCACGACUGGCAAUGGCUACCUCACGGACGAUAUCGGCGUCUAUGGAUACGGUCGUAACGAAAACUUCCGUCCGACCGGUCUGCAAUACGCAUCUGCCAAGUCUUUACUCAAGACUAUUGAUGAGAACUUUGGCAGCCUGGUCUUCUCUAGACGUUACCUCGAGCGACUGGGCGUCAAGAACUACCACCUUGGUAUGAGAUCGCUCAUUGCUAGUGGCGUAGUUGAGGACUAUGCACCUCUGGUCGAUAUUCCUGGAUCGUAUGUCGCGCAGUUCGAGCAUACUGUCCUGCUAAGACCUAAUUGCAAAGAGGUCAUUUCUCGUGGAGAUGACUAUUGAGAGGAGAAGAGGUGCACCCACGUCUCUUAUUGCUGCUUUGUUAUCCAUUAUCAAGUCAUCCGGAUCUUCAACGAUCAUGUCUGAAAGUUUGUCAUCGCAUUUCAACAUGCUCUGCUUGCUCUACAUACAAU